CGCGAAUCACUUUUUGGUUUCCAGGUGCACAAAUAAAAACCAUGAUCAUCCGGCAGAUUUUUUUACUGAUUCGUUCCCAUUGGAGUUGCCUCUGAUUUCUUUCUCCUUGUCGUCCAUCUCUCGUCCCGAGCAGUCAUCCGAUCUUGAGCACAGGUCUCAUUUGUUUCUCAUCCAUCUUCGUGGCUCUUCUCUCCAAUAUUCGACGCGGAAAAAAUAAAAUGGCGACCGUGUUACCGCCAAAGGGCGAUCCGAAUGUGGCUGGGGCCACGCAGCACCCCGACCGAAUAACCGACCAUGACCUGUUGGGUGGCGGAGAUAGCGACGAAAAGCCCGGGGUUGAGCACCAUUCUGGAGAUGCCCCCUCGGCCGCCGAAUUGACGCCCGAAGAGCUGGAGCUAGAAAAGCAACUCAAGAAAAAAAUUGACACGCUCAUUAUGCCAUUGGUGGUGUUGGUCUAUCUCAUGAACUAUAUCGAUCGAAACAAUUAUGCCGCAGCCAGGCUUCAAGGCCUCGAGAGGGACCUCAGCCUCAGCGACUCGCAGUAUCAGCUCGGCCUUUCUAUUCUCUUUGUUGGUUACAUCCUUGCUCAGGUUCCUUCCAACAUGCUGCUCAACUACAUGGGUCGCCCGUCACUAUACCUGGGUCUCUUCACCAUCCUUUGGGGAUCCGUGUCUGCCCUGACCUCUCUGGUCAAGAAUUUUGGUCAGAUAGUCGCGUGCAGGUUCAUCCUUGGUAUGGUCGAGGCGCCCUUCUUCCCAGGUGUCUUGUUCUACCUGUCGAAAUGGUACACCAAGUCGGAGCUGAACCUACGCAUGUCCAUCUUUUACUCUGGAUCCUUGAUAUCGGGUGCAUUUGGCAACCUUAUCGCAGGAGGAAUUCUUAGUGGUUUGGGUAACUCGCAUGGUCUGUCACCUUGGCAGUGGCUGUACAUCAUUGAGGGCGUCAUCACUGUCGCUGUCGGUUUCCUCCUCAUAUUUGUCCUCCCCGACUUCCCCAACACCUGGAAGGGUCUCUCCCCGGAGCUGAAACAGGUUGCGAACCGCCGACUAGCCAUCGAAGCGGCCCAGGCCGAUGUGGACGAGGCCGGCGGCAUGAGCCAGCUCAAGGGCUUCAAGUUGGCCAUGACAGACCCUUGCACCUACGUGCUCGCCCUCUCAUACAUGUGCGCAACCGGCACGGCUGGCUUCCAGAACUUCUUUCCCACUCUGACGAGCACCUUUGUUGCUGGUGGCGACCGAGUAAAAUCCCUACUGCUUUGCGCACCGCCGUACCUGUUCAUCACGGUCGGUUCGCUGGUUCACUCGGUAUUUUCAGACAGGGUCGGGAACCGGUUCUGGUUCUACAUGUACCCGAUUCCCGUCACCAUCGUGGGCUUCCUCAUCUUCAUGUUUGUCGACGACAACAACUUUGGCGCAAAGUACUUCUCGCUCUUCCUUAUGGUGGUAGUGUUCAACAUGAACGGCACCACCUACGCCUGGAUCGCCAACGCGAUUCCUCGCCCGCCCGCCAAACGCGCCGCCGCCUUCGCCUUUAUCAACAGCAUCGGCAACUCGGCCAGCAUCUGGACGCCCUUUACCUACCGCCAGAAGGAUUUCCCCUCGUACAAGCUGGCCAUGGGGAUCAACAUUGGCCUUCAGGCAAUCGCGGCGGUGUGUGGCCUGUUGAUGUGGUACAUCCUGACGAGCCGGAACAAGCAGCUGGAGAGGAUGGAAAACGAGGACACGGAGCUCAGCUCCAAGGAUUUGGCUGUGCUGCAGAAGACGGCUGACCUUGCCGGCGUCGAUAUUGCAACGGCGAGGAGGCAGCAGAAGGGGUACAGGUACAUGAUUUGAAAUUUGAAGAUAUACUCUGUCGUCACACUCAUCCAUUGACCUUUGCGACCCCCGAUCCGGAACACCAACAUUUACCCAUUCAUAAUUAAUCGCGGUUAUUAAAUUCGCUAGAAGAGCUCAAACCUGUGGUGGUGCGCUGUAAAUGCAUUAAAAAACCAUAAUCUUUCGCGACGGAUAAGUUUUGGUUUAAUCAACCCCAAAAAUGGGAUAAAUUGAGAAAUGCUAAGGGACGCCCGCCC